AUGGGACAUGAUGCAUCUGCCGAACCUCUUAUACAACAGAAACCCAAUGUGCACUUUGUCAAAGUUGUCGAUACGGAUUUGGUUUCCAGCCAUGGCGAGGAGCUAGUCAGCUGGGCGAAGUGGAUUCGCUAUGAGGAUGGAUUUCCAUAUGAAGAUCUCGACGCAUGUCUCGGCGAUGAUGUCCCGGAGCAGUUUAACGGUGCACUGUUCAUUGAUUUCGUACGGGCUUUGGAUGAAAAUCGAAGGAAUGCAGGCAUCAUGGGAAGGCCUUGUUGGUUCUUGGAAUACCUGUUCACGCGGGAGAAGCAUUUCCGUCGUGGUGGUGGGAAGAUGCUGAUUGACUGGGGGGUGGAAAGGGCUGGUGAAGAUCGAUUACCGGCAUAUCUGGAUGCCUCGCCUAUGGGAUAUUCUCUUUAUCUUCGCUCCAUGGCUAUCGGCGGUGCCAAUGGCAAGUAUCUCCCCGCAGGCAUCGACAUGUAUGACCUGUUCCCGGCACCAUUUCCCACGGAUGCCAAAACGAUCCACCUGGAGAUCCUGUCUCUUGCAAAACUUCUGCAACAUGACCAGGUCGAGCUGCAAUACAUCUACGAAAAUUGCAGGGACCCGGGCAUCUUCCAGCUCGACUUCGCUGAUGAAGAGCAGGGCAUUCAUCUGCUCUGA